GUCCCGCCUUUUGUGUGCAGCUCCACGAGGGAGGGUGGGGCGGAGCCUUGCAAGUAACUUUGGCCUCCCCAAACUACCUUUUGUUGUCAGCUGGUCGUGACGUCAGGGGCCGCCGCCGCGCCGUGCAAGGUUGUGUCCACAUGUGACCAGCUUAAACUAGUUCUGAAGACACAAAGGGAAAGGAGCGGAAGAUAAGGAGCCAGAUAGCGGGGCAGGCGGCGGUGGUGGAGCAGAGCCAGCGCAGCGCCAGGAGACUGACUGAGGCGUCGGCGGUUCAACCCCUCAGCAUCUAUCCAGAAUGCAGGUCCGUGGGCUCUUUCUCUUCUUGGUUCUGAUUCUUCUGGCUGCAUCUUCUGAGGCUGGCAAGAAUAAAAAGGACAAGGUGAAAAAAAACAGCUCGGAUUGUGAGGAAUGGCGCUGGGGGCCCUGUGUCCCCAACAGCAAAGACUGUGGCGUUGGCUUCCGUGAAGGGACUUGUAAUGAAGAGAGCAAGAAGCUCAAGUGCAAGAUCCCCUGCAACUGGAAGAAGGAAUUUGGAGCUGAUUGCAAGUACAAGUUUGAGAGCUGGGGUGGCUGUGAUUCUGCAACAGGCCUGAAGGCCCGUUCAGGCACUCUGAAGAAGGCCCUGUACAAUGCCGAGUGCCAGGAAACUAUUCAAGUGACUAAGCCCUGCUCUCCUAAGGCCAAGUCAAAAUCCAAAGCCAGAAAAGGAAAGGGGAAGGACUAGACUGGUGGAUAGAGCCCCACCACCUUCAGGGCAUGGUGCCUGAACCCACUUGGACACACACCACUUGGAGCUGCAGCGUGGCCCCUCCCAGCUCGGCGAUACUUUGCCAGAUCCCACUCUUCUUCUGCCUCCACGACUUUGCCCUUAACUGAGAUUCCAUUUCUAAUUGCUAGUUUUGUAGAGAGCAAGCCCACCCUGUCCUGAAGAAGGUGCCCUUUGCCUUCCCUUUAGCCUCUCCCACCUACCCCCUGCUCGUCCCCGGCCCCCUGUAUAUGCACCCCUGUGUUCUUUGCUCUGGUUCGUUUCCCAGAAUUCAACAUGGUGUGUUUUGAGAUGGGGCUAUGCUGUGGCUAGAGUGAUUCACCUUUGGGAUCCUUGGUCAAAGCCAAAUGGUCUUUUGGCACAUCUCUUUGCAAACUUAGCAAUGCUUGCAAUUUCCCCAGUGCGGCUUUGUCUUCCCAUAGCCAAAGCUCUAAAUUUAAACUACCCAAGAAAACUGUUUCAGGGAAUGUAUUGGGGUGGGGUGGGGUGGAGGAGGAGUUACAAGGGGUGGAAAGCCCCAUGUACACCUUGCCUUCCUAAUUAAGGGUAGUGUGUGCAGUAGGAAGAUUUUGACUUUUUGGGUGUCCUUUUAUCCCCCCAUCUCAGCUUUACAAGGGAUGACAUCUGUGCCUACUUCCCGUGUGUGUGUGUGUGUGUUUGUGUGUGUGUGUGUGUGUGUGUGCAUGCGUGCCUUCCUCAUCUCUCUCCAAUACAUGCUUGUUCAUAAGUCGUCUGUCCACCUGGGGAGGGGUGUGUGCACAUGGGUGUAAACACCAUGAGCUGAUUUUGCUUGGUCUUUUGCCAAAAAAAAUCCACACCUUACAUCCCCUUCAGCAUCCAAGAAAGAAUCUCCCCAGAGUUAAUGAGCAUUGUUUUUUGUUCCAUCAGUAUGUCCUCAUUCCUCUUUGUCUGUAUUCUUGCUGGGACGCUGUGGCCUUCCCUUCCUUUACUGGUGCUGGGUAAGCCCUUUCUGCUUUUUACAAUUUUCCCCCUUUUCCAAUAAAAGUCUUUUUAUGAAAACAA